UCUAGAUCUAGACUCUCUGGUUCAUCCGAUUUUUUUUCAUCACUUUCCAAUUUUCCUUGUGGGCCCCCACCAACUCUCGUUUUGGUAUCAUAUCCUAAUGCCACAGGAGUCAUAAAUUCCCGCCGUCUUGGCCGCCUAGUCAAGUAUUUAGCCGAAGUUGCUCGCAUUAGCUUUGAGCCACCGGAUGAGAGAAAUUGCGAAGCAGUUGGUCGAAGAGUCCGCAUGAUCACAAGAAGACUCGAGGAACCUCGAUGUGGUCCGGUUUACUUGGUCGGCUUUGGAGUUGGUUGCCUCUUAGCCCUGAUCGCCUGCAUGCAUCUUCACCAGGCCUUACUUCCUUCUAAUCCAAAUAUGCAAGGCGGCACUUCGGUCUUGACUCAUUACCAGCGUAAUCAACCGUUUGUUCAUCCAAAAACACUAAAUCAGACUUCAACCAAUCCUGCCAAUGCAAGUAGCAUGCACACACGCGAUUCUUCAAUUCUACCACAUUGGCUUAUUAUAUUAAGCAGGUCAUUUAAGAGGUAUCAUUCAGAUGACGGAAACAUUACGCAAUAUACCAGCUUGUGUCUGAUGAAGACGUCGGAAUCUUUACUCGUUAAUCUUGCUAGUCGCGAAUAUGCACCGCUCCCAUCUCAUUUUGUUUCAUAUAAGUUGCUUGUGCUACGGCCUCCUCCUGCUGGGUCGGAAGCUAUAACAUUGUAG